UAGAAUAGAGAAAAAAAAAAUGGAGAUAUGGUUACUCAUCUUGGCCUCUCUCUCCAUAUCUCUUCUUAUCAAUCUCCUCCUUCGCCGCCGUGACUCCUCCUCUCUUCCAUUACCACCUGACCCUAACUUCUUCCCUUUUCUUGGAACCCUCCGAUGGGUUCGACAAGGCUUAGGUGGUCUCAACAUCUAUCUCCGCUCCGUCCACAACCGUCUAGGUCCGAUCAUCACUCUCCGUAUCACUUCCCGUCCCGCCAUCUUCGUCGCCGAUCGUUCUCUCGCUCAUGAGGCUCUUAUUUUAAACGGCGCCGUUUUCGCAGACCGUCCACCGGCUGCUCCGGUCAGUAAGAUUGUUUCUAGUAACCAACAUAACAUCAGUUCUUGUCGGUAUGGAGCCACGUGGCGGCUUCUUCGUAGGAACCUCACUUCUGAGAUUCUUCACCCGUCGCGCGUGGGAUGUUAUUCUCACGCGCGGAGUUGGGUUCUUGAGAUCUUGUUUGAUCGGUUUCGUAAGAACAGAGGUGAAGAGCCUGUCGUUGUUGUUGAUCAUCUUCACUAUGCUAUGUUUGCUCUUCUUGUUCUUAUGUGUUUUGGAGAUAAGCUUGAUGAGAAGCAAAUCAAAGAAGUGGAGUAUGUUCAGAGAAGACAGCUUCUUGGCUUUAGUAGAUUCAACGUUCUUAACAUCUGGCCUAAGUUAACUAAACUGAUUUGUCGAAAGAGAUGGGAAGAGUUUUUUCAGAUGAGGAAAGAACAGCAUGAAGUUUUGCUUCCGUUGAUUCGUGCUCGGAGAAAGAUUGUUGAAGAGAGGAAGAAGAGAUCAUUAGAAGAAGACAAGAAAGAGUAUGUACAAUCAUAUGUUGAUACUUUGCUCGAUGUGGAGCUUCCUGAUGAGAAGAGGAAGUUAAACGAAGACGAGAUUGUGAGUUUGUGCUCUGAGUUUCUCAACGCAGGGACUGAUACAACAGCCACGGCGUUGCAAUGGAUCAUGGCCAACCUAGUGAAGAACCCUGAUAUCCAGAAGAGAUUACACGAGGAGAUCACAAGUGUAGUUGGGGAAGAAGCAAAGGAAGUGGAGGAAGAAGACGCUCAGAAGAUGCCUUAUCUCAAGGCGGUGGUGCUGGAGGGUCUCCGGAGGCAUCCUCCAGGACAUUUUGUGUUGCCUCACAGUGUCACGGAAGACACUGUAUUGGGAGGGUACAAGGUACCAAAGAAGGGGACGAUUAACUUCAUGGUGGCAGAGAUAGGUAGGGAUCCAAAGGUGUGGGAGGAACCAAUGGAGUUCAAGCCAGAGAGGUUUAUUGGGGAAGAAGAAUCAGUGGACAUAACUGGAAGCAGAGGGAUAAAGAUGAUGCCGUUUGGAGCUGGAAGGAGGAUAUGUCCAGGGAUUGGGCUAGCAAUGUUACAUCUUGAGUAUUAUGUAGCCAAUAUGGUGAGGGAGUUUGAGUGGAAAGAAGUCCAAGGUCAUGAGGUUGACUUGACCGAGAAGCUUGAGUUUACUGUUGUCAUGAAACAUCCUCUUAAGGCUCUUGCUGUGCCUAGGAGAAGUUACUAGUCUUCUACUUGGCUUUGUUGGUUUAGUAGUAUAGUAUACAACAAAGACUAGGUUAUAUUUGAUGUUAUGUGCAUUUUGUUGGUGAAGUGUACAAUGGAACCAAAUCUUUAACAAAGUACAUUUUGUACGUUGGAAUAAAUGAUAUGAACAAACGAUGCUUUUAUAUU